UGUUUUCUCAUCUCCCCUACAGAUUCAUGGGCGUCUGUGUUCAAGAAGGUCAGCUGCACGCCCUCACCGAGUACAUCGAAGACGGUUCCCUGGAGCAGCUGAUCGCAAACAGCGCCGUUUAUUUGUCACCGCUGCUAAAAAUACGGAUCGCACUCGGGAUCGCCCGAGGGAUGCAGUACGUGCACGAUGUUGGUAUCUUUCAUCGUGACCUCACGAGCAAGAAUGUGCUUGUGAAGCGAACUGUUGACGGUAUGUACGAAGCAGUGGUCGGAGAUUUUGGACUGGCAGCCAAUAUCCCGCGAAAAUGUGGUAAACCACGACUGGACACAGUAGGGUCACCCUACUGGAUGAGCCCCGAGUGCUUGAAAGGGCAAUGGUACGAUCAAACCAGUGACGUGUUUUCCUACGGGAUCAUCCUCUGCGAGCUUAUUGCGCGGAUUGAGGCUGAUCCCGACAUUAUGCCAAGGACUGAUUCAUUCGGACUGGAUUACAUUGUGUUUGCUGAUCUAUGUCCGAACGAUACGCCACCGGCGUUUUUAAGACUGGCUUUUUAUUGUUGUACCUAUGAUCCAAAGAGUCGCCCCACGUUUACCGAGUGCGUCAAAAAGUGCACGUUGUUAUCGGACGUGUGCGAAGACAGUUAUAAUCAGCAGCAACAUAGGCAUAGUAUAAGCAAUGGCACUAACUCUAACACCGUCCUAUCCUCGCCAUCACCGGCAAACGGCAAUGGUCAGCCCGCACUAGUGACCUCUUCCCCUGUACAUAGUAGUAUCAAUAGUAGUAAUCCGCACGGUAGCAAUAGCAUUAGCGGUACGUCGACAACGCCGAUUGUAAAGAAUGUGAUUGGAAAGCGAAAUUCAAUAGACGUGACCAACAUCAGUCCUACGAGUGAAACGGCUCAAGCGGGCAAGGAAAAUCUUAGCCGUGAAAAUAGCUUGAACGGUGAUCGCGAUGGAGAUAAUCCUCUCCACCAUCGGAGGUCGCUAUCCGAGAACGUUAUCGUGUUUCCACCUCAUACUACGCCCAGUGAUAAGGCUCGCUACCAUAUGUAUCAACGGACGGGCAGUAAAUUGGCCGAAUCGGUCAUCCCGGAGUCGCCCACCUAUUCGAACCAAACGCUCCGGAAGGUAGCGGAAACAAUGUUACUGAAAGAUCCACAGUAUAAACUUCGAGCUAAGACCGACCAAGGUGGACUGCCCAAAGCGAAUCCGUUCAGUGCGCUGUCGCAGUUGAAGGGGGUUAAGAAGAUUCUUGGACCCAAUCCGGCGGUAACGACGUACAGUUCCGGAGAUUUAUUCAGCUCCUGUUUCGAGAUAUCUGCCCCUCUGCUGCGGGAAUGGAACAUAGUACAAAAUCGGAACGCGAAAAAUCGGGAUGGUUUGAGCAGCGGCGGCAGUAGUAUCGAGGGACAGCCGAAGAGCUUACCAAGCUCACCGACGUCACCGCGCAAAGAGUAUUGCGACGAGGAGGAAGAGGAUAGUGUAACUAUGAAAGCCAAGGGACCGUGUAAAUCCAAACCAACUGAUCCACAGGAAAACGGUUCCACCGAUGAAGCGGCCAGUCAGGCGGGUUACACGUUCUCUCGUAAAGUAUCGGUCGGGGGUGGUUCCGGGAUCAAGAAAUAUCGCGCGAACUUCACCGAACUCUCUAGUCAUCCGCUGUACAAAAGUGGAGCGAUUGAGACUGAAUCCACCAGUGCGGGUGAAUUGGCUGUGAACGGAGGAAGCUCUGCCGGGAAUAACAACAACAACACCGACAGUGGCACUGAGGAAGGUGGGAACGAUUUGAUACCUUCGUCGAUGAACGGUGGCGGUGCAGGAGGAGGUAUCAAAAAAUCAUCGUCUAGUGUGAUUGGGGACGGUAUUCUGGAAACGCCUAGGAUACUGACCAGGAGAGGUUCGACUGAAAGUGGGUUCUUUUCUUGUUUAAACGAAGACUUCAGCACGUACAAGUCGUCGCAGUGUUCUUGCAUGGAAAAGGUAAAUUUUGAAUCGGCAGAUCGGUUAUCGGUUUGUAGAUGCGUCUAUGGCGGUGUGAAUAACAUUGCGGGGAAAAUGGACGAUUUGGAGUUAGCCUCCAACCAAACCUUGAACGAUAGUUCAAGUAUUCUGCUCUUCGACGAAACGUCGACGAACGUGAGCUCAUUGAGGAGUAUGGAUGAUCUUGAGUUGUCGGACUCAAUCAGGAAAAAGUUCAAUUAUCGACACCACGUGCUGAGCAAUGUAGACAUCGAUGCACGAUCAAUCGAUAUGGGUUUGAUCAAUAGGCUCGCACUGGACUCGGAAAUUAAUAACAUGAUUCAAAAGAAUCAAUUCGCCAACCAACUCUUGUACUGUAAAAACAGAUCGUCGUCAAUUUUCACCGACAGUUCGGAUGAUAUUAGUUCGCUGGCCGGUUCGGAUUCAUUGCUGUGGGAUGAUCGAUCGUUCACAACGAUACCAAACGCCCGGUCGGCACAAAUAGCCAAAAUAGUCGAAUACUUCGAACGGAAGGGUCAAACCUUUAAACCAUUUACCGUACCUGACUCGGCUCUCGGAUUUUCCGCGGGUCAAACCGGCUCAUCCGCUUCAUCAACAUCAUCGUCGGCUUCCGGUUCUCAUUAUCCCUAUCAGUAUCACCAUCUGCAUCGAGGUAGCGCCGCAUCCGGUGCCACCGAAUCGUCCCGGAGGGCAUCCAACGGCUAUUGCAAAUACAGCCCGGCGGAGCUUCGACAACGAACGGAGUAUGAGGCGUUCUGCUUGGAUUUGGAACGGAAAACGUCGACCGCUGGUUUGCAGCAGCAGCAACAGUUCCAGUACCAGCAGCAAGCGCAACACCACCACAGACUGAACAACAUAUGCGAAGGAAACGUUCGAUCGAAGCUGCAACUGUUCGAUAAGAUGAAGCAGCAAAGUGGUAGCAAUGCAGCGGCCGCACCACAGUCCACGAGCUCAGGCAGCAACAGCAGUAUAAACAGCGUCAAUGGAGUGACCUCGUCGGUUAGCAGUGCCAACGGUGGUAACAUUAGUAAUAGUGGACCAUAAUGGUCUUCGGUGUGAGCAUGAAUGUUGGAUAUCAAGAUGGCCACACAAAAUUGUAUGUCUUGGUAUGAGUUUUUCGUUUCUCUUUUAUGGUUUAAAUGACAAUCAGUUGUUGCGAUUUUAAAAAUUACUUCUGUUGAUUUUAAUCUUUUUAUUAUGCUUGGAUUAUUCUUUCUUGAAAAUUGAAAUUUCUUGGAAUUAAGUAUUGAAGCUUAGUUUCGGAUUUGAUUUCUUCCUCCAUUCUACAUCUCUGUUUUCUAUGAACUAUGGGAGGAUAUUUUGAAGAAAUAUUGAUGAAUUAGAAGAAUUAUCUAGAUAACUUCAUUAAAGAAAAUCAAUAAAGAUGCUGGAAGAAAUGAUAAGCUUUUUAUGAUAAGUUUUCUAGUAAAUUAUUCGUUUAUUUGCGACACUUGACACCAAUGUUCAGUGAUGAAUAUCCAGUCAAAAACAGGAUGAAAAAAUGUGAAUGAAGCUUCAUCCUAACAGUUCGAUACAAAAUGUUAAUCAAAACAUUAAAAAUCGCCCUAACUCCAUGUAUGGCGCCUCUCCGAAACAGCAGCCCUUUGUAGGGACCAAUCGCGCGCUACGGCUCUGCAGAUGUCCAACUGUUUGCCAACUCGAACGGUAUUGAAAUUCACCGAAAGCUAUUGUUUCAGCAAGUCCCUCUCAUACAAGGGUUUCGUUGAUUUUUAGAAUAAUUCUCGGGCACUAAAUAUUUUGAUUUUGUUUCAGUUUUUCGCUUGCUGAUUCAGGAUAUUCCUGUAAUUAGCAAUCUUCGCUACUUUGAUGUUGAAAUUUCUCUUGUCGCCAUACACCGAAGGCUGAAAUUUUGUAUGCAAUUGGUAUUGCGUUAGACAAAAUCAUUGAGCUGAUCGCCAAUGUUUUCAUUUCCGUAUAUUUCAUUAAAAAUGGUAUGGAUUUGUAAGGACAAAUUUCAAUCGAUUAAAUAGACCUAACAUUUUUUUUGCGAAAUUAUUGUUUACUAUGUUUAAACUCUACUUUUCUGAUAAUUGUUCUGAAUUAUUCUUGUGAGGUUGAAUAUUAAAUUAUUUACAGCUGAUUGUCUUUUACACUAUUUUGGUCCAUUAUUACACAGUUUAUAAUUCCCCAUUAGUAAAGGUAUUCAACUCUUUUUUUUCUAGAUAAACACUCAUUCAAGCGAUACAGAAUUAUUAUCUUAGUUUUGGUAAAAAAAGGUCGGAAAUUAUGGAAAUAAAAAAUAAAAAAAUAGCUCAAAGAGGUGUCUUCAAAAUUUAAAAAAAAAAACUAUAUUUGGAAAUAAAUUUAAUCUAACUCCAAUACCGAACUUGAUUGUCUCAAAGAAAUUAAUCUAUGAGCAAUAAAAUAUACAUGCAAGUUAGAACUGUUAUUCGUGUUACAACUGUUACUCUUGUAAAUGCACAAACGUUUCGUUUUAUUUCAAUGAAUAUUCGUAAGAUACCAUUCGUCAUCAUCGUGUGUUGAAUCGAAAAUAAAAGAGAACAGAAGAACCCCACAACAACAAGUGUUUUAUCAGUAAAGAAACCUAAUCUGAUAGUGUUUUACUACUCAACACUCAACACAAGAGAAGAAUGUUGGAAAAUUCGUACAUAACAUUAAAGGCCUUAUAUUUUUCAAGGAACUACAAAUAAAUGAAUUGAAACACACCAUAGAAAUGAAACUCACAUGUUUACUAUAGUGCAAACAGACACAACCACAUGGUGUAAAUUGUAGAUAAAAUAUACAUUUAACGAUUAGGAAAACAAGGUUUGUUUUCUUUUGUAGUCAAAAUUAUACACCAUCAUCACAAUCGGAAGCAAGAAAACGAUAGAAGGAAUAAUUUAUCACUCAAUUAUUAGAGUACGAUACCAACAAACAUAUGAACAACUUUUUGACGUCCAUUUAAUAAGUAACAAAAAUGUAAUGAUCAUGUAAUAUCUAGUGAUAAGAUAGCUGAGAAUUAUAAACGUAGUUGCAGCGAGUUGAUUGAAGCAAAAAGAGUAUAAAACAGCAACUAAUGCCAAAAUGUUCUACCCAGAAGUUUUAUAUUCAUCCAACGUUCAAUCAUCCAAUCGUCUUCCCCAUCCUUCAUAACUGCAAGGAAGCCAACACAUCCGUAUUGAUUAAGCUGAUAGUGAACCCUAGCUGUCCUUCUUCCAUUUCCAGAUGCCAAUUUUCAGUCUGACAUUAGCAGCAAAACCUAUUGCAAGAAGAAUGAUUAUCAGGAACCAACAAACCUUAAAAUAGCUUUAACAGUAUUUUACGUUCCUAGAAUUUUGUAUCAUAGGCGAACCAUCUCACUACUGAGCUAUAUAGUGAUAUAGAAACCGGAUAGGCUCACAACGACGUUGAAAUCACAAUCAAUGAACUCGACUCAUACACAAUCAAAAUAGAAACGCAGCUUACUAUUAUUUUUUCUUCUUAGUAUAUCUAGUGAUUCUAGUAAACCGUUCAGUAUCACACCUGCAUCCUGCAUCAUAUCGCGUAAUAUUUCAAUCUUCUACGUUUUAGCUUGUAGAAAAAAUCUAUUAUUAUUCAAGUUCGGAUAAAGCCUUUUGAUCUGGUGGAGGAUCAGUACUCAGCUUAGUUGAUAAUUUAGUAAAUGGUCUAUUUGCUCGUAUAGAGCUUUAUUCAAUAAAGCCAGGUUCUGGUAAAUUCACCGUCAACAAAGUACAAUCAAUACUGGAAAGAUAUUAGUGUUGACAAUUUCGUAAAAUUUCCGCAUAUUUAUCUGUUCCAUAAUUCUCCUCAUUCAUCGCAGAAAGAGAAAAUAUUCUCUUUCAGUGAUGAAUAUUUUUCUCGGCUGCUCUUGUUUUCUUGUAUUCCGUCAAUCAUAAUCUUUAUUUUACUCUCAGCUUGCGGUAUUUGUCAUCGUUGUUGUAAACCUAAAAACUGCUGUCAGGGAAAAUUUCUUUGAAUGCCAUAUGAAUUCUCCGAUGUACUUGUGCUUUUGGAAUUACGUUUUUCAUAAACUGUCUACUGUAGGCACGCUGACUGUCUAUUUUCUGAUUCCAUCAAAUCAAUUGACUUUAUUUCGCAAACACUAGCUUGAUAUUACAAAAUACUGUCUACACUUUCCCCUUUACCACAUGCUAUGCUAAGAUGUAUUGAAAUGGGCAUAACUGCAAUACUAGUUUGUAUUAUAUUAAUUUUACGAUUCGAUUACCGGCGUAUGGUUCUGUACUGCUGAUUAAAUAAGUCGUUUUCUUUUUGUAAGCAUAUCUUCCACUGAGAUUGAAUUCGCUGUCAGUAAGACUAUUUUCCCAUAGUAAGCAGCAUAAAAAGUGUACUUGUCAUUCUGUAUCAUAUUUUAGUGUAUAUUAUUUUCUGAAAAAUCUAAGUAGCUAUUUAUUUUUACAUUCUCUGGGAAGAUUUGUAAAAAAGUAUCAACUACCUACCUACUAUUAUGAUCGACUUCUGUAAAAAAAAUCAUCCCAGUUACGAGUUUUCGAGGUUUUCGCUGUAGCAAAAUUAAAGCAAAUCAAUUGCACAAAGCAGACAAAUGCAACGCGUUAUAUACUUUAAGUGUUCAAGUCUAGGCAGUUUUAGUGUUCCUUAUUUAUUUUUUAACCAGAUUCAGUUUUUGUGGUCCCAGCAACUAAGCAAGAGAGAGAGCGAAGCCUACUAUAAUAAUACAACAAAGGGAAGAAUAGUUUGCUUAUGUUCAACAAAAGCUGAAAUGCAAACCAAAAUAAAGCGAAAUUAUUUUCAAAUGUUUCCCCUACAACAUUCAUCAUACGUUUUUCCAAAGAUAAAAAAAAAAAACAAUCUUCCCAUUUUCUUCGAAGUUGUGCUGCGGCAGCCACGCCCAUUUAAUUAUGAAGAGUGAUCUCUCCUUGAUUUUCCAAAUUUUCCUUCGGUGAUAAUGACACCAUAAAAAAAAACAAAACAUGCUGUCAUUUCUUUGUGUAAUUCGAAAACAAAAUUGACUAGUGGAAAUCAUUCUCACUCAUGCUGAUUAUGGAUUGACUGAGAAAUUUAAGAUACGAAACAGAUGAAUUGUAUAUGUACAUACAAACCUAUAUAAGCGCGAUGGUUAAUAUACGAAAAAUCAUGGAAAAAUAUUUAUAAUUUGAAAAACGGAAUAUAAAGAAAGAAAAUUA